AUGAUAAACAGGAUUGCCGGGGUGUUCGCAAGGAGAGGCUACAACAUCGAGUCACUCGCCGUGGGGCUCAACAAGGACAAGGCCCUCUUCACCAUCGUCGUCUCAGGGACGGAUAGGGUGCUCAAGCAAGUCAUUGAGCAGCUCAAUAAGCUCGUCAACGUCUUGAAUGUUGAGGAUCUAUCUAAGGAGCCUCAGGUUGAAAGAGAGCUCAUGCUUAUAAAACUCAGUGUUGAACCAGAUCAACGUGCUGAUGUCAUGUUUGUAGCUAAUGUUUUCAGAGCGAAAGUUGUUGAUAUUUCUGAGAACAGCCUAACUCUGGAGGUAACUGGAGAUCCUGGGAAAAUCGUUGCGGCACAAAGGAACCUAAGCAAAUUUGGGAUCGAAGAAAUUUGUCGAACGGGAAAAAUUGCUUUGAGGCGUGAAAAGAUCGGAGCAACUGCUCGUUUCUGGGGGUUUUCUGCUGCUUCUUACCCAGACCUUGUAGAAGCAUCGCGCAAAAAUCCUCUUACCUCUGUGAAUAAGACGGUUAAUGGCAGUUUUGAUCAACCAUCCAGUGCCGGGGGUGAUGUUUAUCCUGUGGAACCUUAUGAGAGCUUGUCCAUGAACCAAGUACUUGAUGCCCAUUGGGGUGUUCUUGAUGAUGAAGAUUCAAGCGGGCUUCGCUCACAUACUCUCUCCAUCCUUGUGAAUGAUUGUCCUGGUGUCCUCAACAUUAUAACAGGGGUCUUUGCUCGCAGGGGAUACAGUAUACAGAGCCUUGCUGUUGGCCCAGCUGAAAAGGAAGGCAUUUCACGUAUUACAACAGUUGUUCCUGGAACUGAUGAAUCCAUUGGGAAGUUAGUGCAGCAGCUUUACAAGCUUAUCGAUGUACAUAAGGUUGAUGACUUAACUGACUUACCUUUUGCCGAAAGAGAACUGAUGGUUAUCAAAGUAUCUGGAAACACAGCUGCUCGGAGGGAGAUACUAGAUAUUGGUAAUAUCUUCCGGGCAGAAUGUGUGGAUCUUUCUGAUCACACAGUUACGCUACAGCUCACUGGGGAUCUUGACAAGAUGGUUGCACUACAAAGACUGUUGGAGCCUUAUGGCAUAUGUGAGGUAUGUUGA